GCGAGAGUGAAUGGCAAAAAAGAGGGCAGUGUAGCAGAAGCUCGCGCCGUGAUUCGCGCGCAGAGCCUACGCAGCCACAGUGCCCUUGUGAUUGUGCCUUGUUGUUGGCUGGCGACGCUCCAGCUGCACUGCGCCCCGGCAACAUGCGCAAGGCCCCAAAUUAAACCUCUCUCGCUCUCUCUCUCUCUCUCUCGCUCUCCUUCACUUCGCUCACCGACCCACGACCUCGACCACACCUUAACUCGUCGCACAUUCCCUCUCGUCGACGAACUGCUCUCCCGCCAUUGCCUUCUCCGCCCACGCCCUCUUACUCAGCGCAUUGCGUCAAUAACUUCCGCCGUCUCCCGCCCGCCGACUCGACAACACGACCGGGACUCGACAACUCGCACCGCGCCAUCACCGCCUGACCUCCACCCACAAUGUCCUACCAGCAGUACGGCGGUAACCCGUACGAGAGCGGCGACGGCUACGGUGCCUCCGCCAACCCCUACGGCAACACGACUGGCGGCGGCUACGGCUCCAACCCGUACGGCGGCUCGAACACGGCCGCCGCACCUCCGCCGCUCACGCACCAAGAGGCCUCCAACUACUCGCAGCCGUCGCAGUACUCCGACGCCCAUGCUGGCCAGCCUGCAGCUGUGCACAGCCAUGGCAUCAUGAGCAAUGAUGCCUUCCUCACGCGCGUCGACGGCGCCAAGCAGCGCAUCCGCGAAUUGACGUCGCACAUCACCCAGAUCAGCACCAUCCAUCAGCGCCUGUUGUCCGACACGGGCGACAGCGGCGCCAACAGGCAGCUCGAAGACCUCGUUUCCCGCACGCAGACGCUCAACAUGACUAUCAAGGACGAAAUUAAGUUCCUCGAGACGGAUGCCGUGCGCGCCGGCAGCAACCCGGCCAAGCACAGCCAGGUCCGCAACCUGAAGACCAGCUUUACCAACGAACUCCAAAGCUAUCAGCGCCUUGAAGCCGACUACCGUGAACGCUAUCGCGACCAGAUCAGGCGCCAGGUCCGCAUUGUCAACCCGGAGCUUACAGAGGAGGAGGUCGAGCAAGCGGCCGAGACCGAUUUUGGCAGCGAGGGUAUUUUCCAGACUGCACUCAAAUCGAACCGUGCCGGACACGCCAACAGCGUCAUGGGCGCGGUGCGCGCGCGUCACAACGACAUCCAGCGCAUCGAGAAGACCAUGGGCGAACUGGCGUUGCUGUUCACCCAGCUCAACGAGCAGGUGGUGCUGCAGGAGCCGCAGAUCGAGCAGACGGAGGGACGCACCGAGGAGGUGUUGGAUCAGACCAAGCAAGCCAACGUGCAGUUGGACAAGGGCAUCGAGCACAUCAAGCGCCGCAACCGCCUGCGCCGCUGGGCCUUGUUCGUAUUCGUCAUCAUCAUCUGCAUCAUCGCCCUGGUUGUCGGCCUGUACUUUGGCCUGAACAACAAGAAGAGCGACAACAACAAAUAAAUGAAGUCUGCUGAACGGAGUUGGGGAAGAACUUGGUGGCGUCUGAAAGAGCCUGGUGGAACUUUCCUGGCUGCUGCUAGCUGCUGGCAGAUGCAGAAUUGCAUAGCACGGAGCUGGGAGUGGAUAACGUACUGGGCGGAAGAUGUAAUAAUCUGUUUGUUUUCUUUUUUUUUU